AUGGCGGCAGGCCUCAUGGACACGAAUAGGGACAAGUCGCGCUACGCACGGCUCUUCCUGAAAGGCAAAACCGGCGCCGGCGCAAGCCUGAAGGCGAACCAUACGCCGCUGCUGGUGGCAUGCAAGCCGACUGAGGAGGGCUUCUCGGCGACGGUCGCUGCUGCGAAGAUUGACAACAACAAGCUUGACCUGGCCAACGUGACUGCUAUGUACCACAUAUCCGCCUUCUGUCACAUACCCGCGGUGGAAUCGGCCCACUUUGAAGCGUUACAGGCGUUGUGGAUCCGAACAAUUCCGCUUUUUAACUUCCGUUUCCUCACCGGCAACGACGAAGCCUUGCGUGCGAGGAAUGUAGACUCGGAGCUCUUGCCCCAGCAAGCGGCGUGCGCCGCGUGGGAAAUCAUGGUCAACAUCCAAAGCAGCAAGGAGGUGUUGCCAGCAGUCGACAAGGACAACACAACGCCUUCGCCAUGUGACGCCGCGGCCGCUUUGGCUGAACUAUUCGAUCCUCUGACCGCACAGCUAACCACAGCAUUUAUCGAGAGGCCACUUCAAACUCGGCUAGCCAGUGAUACUGUGCUAGAAUCCCUCACGUCCCUUUUCCCAGACUCGAAUACUGCUGUGCUGAGUCCCUUGCUGAGGACCGUCCGUGGACCUGAGUCGCAGGACAAGUUUCCAACCCGAAAGCCCAUACUGGAUAUCCUGAGGGUCCUCGCAGCUUCAAACGAGGCUGCUCUCGGGAAAGACUCGUCUGAUGUAUUCUUCAGUCUCACGUCCGCAGACUUGUACCGCUUCUACUGCCAGAGUAGCCUUGGCAUUCAGCACCAAGGUGGCCUUAGACGGCAGCGCCCUCAUUUUCGACAAGGCGCAGGUGGCUGGACGCCAAACAAGCUCCGUCUCUAG